ACGCGUUCUAACGCAGCGCAUUCAUUGGCUGAGCAGAGAGGACUAUCCGGAAAGCGCUGGCGAAGGCCCUUCCUUUCUGCUCGCCGCCGCCAUCAUGGUGUUCAAGCGCUAUGUACAGAUUGGCCGGGUAGCCUACAUCUCAUUUGGACCUCAUGCUGGCAAAUUAGUGGCAAUCGUUGACGUCAUUGACCAGAACAGGGCCCUUGUAGACGGUCCUUGCAGUGGUGUCAGAAGACAGGCCAUGCCAUUCAAGUGCAUGCAGCUUACAGACUUUGUUAUUAAGUUUCCCCACAGUGCUCGUCAAAAGUUCGUUCGAGUUGCCUGGGAGAAGGAAAAGAUUAACGAGAAGUGGGCAGCAACAAAUUGGGCAAAGAAAAUUGAAGCCAGAGACAGGAAGUCGAAGAUGUCAGACUUUGACCGUUACAAAGUUAUGAAGGCAAAGAAAAUGAGGAACAAGAUCAUCAGACAUGAAAUGAAAAAGCUUCAAAAGGAGGCCAAAGCUGCCAAGAAAGCAUAAUUUCUUAGAGGGCAUAUAAUAAAAUCCUGUUUAUAAAUCA